AUGGCGGGAGUGUCAUUGAAGUGCGGGGACUGUGGGGCCCUAUUGAGGUCCGUACAAGAGGCACAAGAUCAUGCCGAUCUGACCUCCCAUUCCAAUUUCUCUGAAUCCACUGAAGCCGUGCUCAAUCUCGUCUGCACUACUUGCGGCAAACCUUGCCGAUCCAAAACAGAAAGUGAUUUGCAUACUAAGAGAACUGGCCAUACCGAUUUUGCGGAUAAGACUGCUGAGGCAGCACAACCGAUAAGCUUAGAGGUUCCGAAGGCGACAGGAAUGGAUGUUGAUGAGCCUGCUGCUGCUGAUGCAAGCACCAGUAGCCAGCCUGAAGAAAUGGUUGCUCCAGAGGUUGACAAAAAAAUCCUCGAGGAAUUGGAAACAAUGGGUUUCCCAACAGCAAGGGCAACCAGGGCACUUCAUUAUUCUGGUAAUGCCGGUCUUGAGGCUGCUGUAAAUUGGGUAGUUGAGCAUGAGAAUGAUCCAGACAUAGAUGAAAUGCCCAUGGUACCUGUCAACUCCAAAGUUGAGGCUCCUAAACCUUCGUUGACACCAGAAGAAAUGAAGCAAAAAGCACAAGAACUAAGUGCAUGGUCAGUGGUUAAAGCAUUUCUAGAUGAUUUUGAUACUGUGUUUUGUCUGUACCUCUGCGGUGGGAUACUGGACCUUGACUCAGUUAGAGAAUUAGUUGGGUUCAGGGUAGAGGAUUAUGGGUUACUAACUGGUGCUAGCCUAAUUGGUUCAGUCUUGAUUGCUCAAAGGAUACUUGUUGUUUGGACAACGCCAUGGGAGCAGUGGUUGUUGCUGUUUGCUUCUGCUUCGAGUGACAGUAUGGAGCGCGCACGCAAGAAGAAAGAGGAGGAAGAGAAGAUAACGGAAAGAGAAAAGGAAAAGGAGAGGAUUCGAAUUGGCAAGGAACUCCUAGAAGCAAAGCGAAUUGAAGAAGAAAAUGAAAGAAAGCGAUUGAUGGCCCUACGGAAGGCAGAGAAAGAGGAAGAGAAGAGGGCUAGGGAAAAAAUUCGUCAGAAAUUGGAAGAAGACAAGUUGGGUGCUUCACAGGCAGAACGAAGAAGGAAGCUUGGAUUGCCACCAGAAGAUCCUGCAACUGUAAAACCUUCUGCACCUGUUGUGGAGGAGAAAAAGAGCAUGCUGCCUGUUAGGCCUGCCACAAAGCAAGAGCAAAUGAGAGAAUGCUUGCGAUCUCUUAAGCAGAGUCAUAAGGAUGAUGAUGCUAAAGUGAAGAGAGCAUUCCAGACUCUCCUAACUUACAUAGGGAAUGUUGCCAAAAACCCUAGCGAGGAGAAGUUCAGAAAAAUAAGACUCAAUAAUCAAACCUUCCAGGAUAGAGUCGGUUCGCUCCAAGGAGGCAUUGGGUUUCUUGAGCUGUGUGGGUUUGAGAAAAUUGAAGGCGAUGAGUUCCUUUUUCUUGCUAGGGAUAAGGUGGACAUGGCAGUGCUGAACUCAGCUGGGUCUGAGCUGACCUCUGCAAUAAAUAAUCCAUUCUUCGGAGUCCUUUAA